CUACACGACACGGGAUCGGUGGUGGUGGGCAUCGAUCCGGGGAAAGUUGCACGACAAGUGCAGCGCAAUGCAUACUGCACUGCACCCUCCCGCCGCAGAGCUAGCGUAGUGCGUAAAAGUGGCCCGAUCGUGCGGGCAUGUGAAGAAGUUUGAGAAGUGUAUCUACCCCGUAGAAUUGUUUACAUUCGGUGUUUGUCGAGGUCCUUAUAAGUUCACCACAAUGAUCACUUUGAGAACUGAUUAAUUACAGAUUAAUGAGUGAUACUUUAAUGUUGCAUGAGGUUUGAGUACCAUGGACAUAAAGGGACUUCAAUUGCGCGAUGGAACGUAAUAUUUCUGGCUCGUGAAUAUAAAACUGGCUUUCAUUGUUGAAGUGAUUACAAAGCAAUGAAAGGUCAUUCUAGUGAUGUAAUGACCGCUGACCCCAACAAGCAGACUUUCCCACUCAUCACAGGGGGAGGGGCAACUCUUCCAUCCCUCCCCGAUGAUGUCCCGUCCUCCCCUUCAAAGGAAAUGGAAUCUCUCUCAUCCAACAGCAAGGCUUCGAUUGAGCUGCCGAGACUUCUCCACGCCAGAGAAGAGCUUCCUCCCCCUCCUCCCUCCGGAAGGGGCGAUGAUAAAGCUUUGAAGCCCAGCCUUCCAUUGGUGAGGAGAACUCGCUACAAACGUUGUGGAACUCCACCGGAUCCAGACCGAGACCAAUUGGCUGAAAGGUUUAAUGUCAAAGAUACUUUACCAUAUCAGACAUCAAAAUUCAGGUCUUCAACCAUCAUGAGGUCUGUAUCCAUUCAGAAGAAGAAAGAUUCAUCUCGUCUUGCCAUCAAAUCAACGCCAUUCUCUCUUGAGAAACAGCGAGCUGUCGCUAUUCAUACGCAACCAUUCUUAUGGUCACAAGUAGAACAGAGUGAUAGACCAGUAGAAGGACAGAGUUUACCAGAGAAGUUUCUUGCCGAGAAGGAGCGACUCUUUAAGGUCAGAGGUCAAAAGAGACGAUUGGCCAAUCCUGUUCACAGACAAAAGUACAGUGACCUUCAUAUUGGAGGUCAUUCUCAUAGCUUGUCACAAAAGUUAGAUUAUCGUGAAGAGUAUGAUAAAGUGAAGAAUGCUGUUCUUCCGAGGGAAGCCCAAGAUCUGUUUCUUGGUAGAGGGCUCACUUUUCCAAGCUCCCAUGGGACAAAUGUUCGCAAGAAGAAAUGGCAGGAAAGAAUCAAACAAGAGGCUGCCCUCCCGAACUCUGCUCCUCCCACGAUACCCACCCACAAAGAGUCUCCGCCAGCUAAGGAACCUGCACCACGAAAACAAAGUAUUACAGCGCCCUCAGUGGCAAGACAAAGAACAGAGCGAAAACAAGACGUUGAUCCUCAACACGUACCUUCAACCGUUCAUAGAACUUCUUUUAAACCAAAGAUGAAUCGGAGAGAUCUGCGACAUGAUGAUUCCGGUGUGAGCACGGCUGAUGGUUCGACUGUUCGUGGGUCAAGAGCGGAAUAUAGAUCGUCUGGAGGUCAGAGGUCGCAUGGUGGAAGUGGGGGUGCACAGAAAGCUGAGAGAAUGGUGAAAGAUGGAUCUUGCCAGCAGAGGAGACAUUUACCAAGUGGAGGACAAAUGGAGGAUAUUGUAACAGAAAGCAUUGAAGAUGACGAUGAAGGCAGGAGUGAGGAGAGAGACGAGGAGAGGAUGGAAACGGAAGAGAGAGCUCCUGAAGAAUCGGUCAGUGGCCCGGAAGAGAUCACAUUAGACCAACCCGAUGAUGCCACCAAUGAUAUUAGCUUGCCACGCCCAGAUUCUGAGAUGGACAUUGAUGAGCCUGUGGACAAUAGCUGUGCCCCUGUAGGACCGGUCCUUGAGGAGCCUUACACCCCUAAGCCCCCCUCACCGAACCCCCUGAUGUCUGCUGACCUUCAUCUUAACAUCACUGCGGAGAAACGAGACGAGCUGGCUCUCAAGUUCACCAAGCUUGACUCGGAUAAAGAUGGACACAUCACCUUCAAAGAGCUAGAGACAACAUUUCCAGAGAAUUUAUCCAGAGCUCAACAGAGAUAUAUCAAGGAGGCUUAUGAGCUGGUCAGUGCAAGUACAUUCUUUGGUUUAGAAGAGUUUGUUACGAUUAGUUGCCUCUGUGAGAGACUAGCCAAGCUGACCGGUCCAGUCAGGGACGCAUUUGAGAAGGUCAACCAAUCUAUGUUUCAGCAAAACAUUACUCAGUUUGUGGUGAUGUUUUCUACUGUGGACAGACAGCAAACUGGGUGCAUCAGCCUGGACUCCUUCAAGGAGUUACUAGGAACAUUACUGAAUAAGGAUCUAACCUCCAACUCCAGGCUUUUCAGUGAUAUCUUAUCAACCAUCGGCAAGAAUGGAUCGUUGUCAAUUGACAAGGUAGAAUACCUGGUCUUCAUUCCAUACUUCCUCACGUUCAAGUGAAAAAGACCCUUUCCAAGAACAAUGGUAUGGUCUUCUCCUGCAGUUUACCUAUGAUGCUUAUGGGUUCUUCCAUCAUUAAGAAGGGUAGUGCAAGAUGUGGUAGUGUCUCCACAGUGAACACUUUAUGUUUUACCAGUCAAAAGGCCCAUCUACUUCCUCACAUGCAAGUUGACAAAUCAUCCCUCCCAAGAACAAUGCUGUGGUCUUCUCCUGCAGUGUACAUGUGAUGUUUAUUGAUUCUUCCAUCAUAUGAAGGGUAGCGUCAGAUAUAAAUUUGUCACCAGAGUGUGCAUGUUAUGUUUUACCUGUCAAUAUGUUUAUGCAUUUAAUUGAAUUUCAUCACAUUCAAGUGAACAAAACACCCCUUCCAAGAACAAUGGUACGGUCUUCUCCAGCAGUUUACCUAUGAUGCUUUAUGGGCUCUUCCAUCAUAUAAAAGGGUAGCACAAGAUACAGUGUUGUCAUUGGAAAGCACAUUUUGUGUUUACCUGUCAAUACUUAGGCAUAUUUAAAAAGGACUAACCCUAGCCAUUCUAACGAUAGGAUAAUAGUAAGCUGAGCUAGGACACAUUGUUCUCAAGCAGUGGGAAUAGGGCACACGUCUUCUUCGUAGAAGCCUAUGUGAAGAAAUCAAUAUUCUGCAGGUUAAUGGUAUUCAGGUACAGAUCAAGGAUUUUUUUAAAAAGAAAUAGACAAAUAAAAAUACUUAAAAACAAAGGUUUUCCACCCCAAAAUAAAGACAUUUGGUUCAGCAAAGAAUUGGGAAACCACAAAAAAAAAUAUCAAAAGGGGGAGCACACUUCUGUUUUAACU